AAGUCUCCAGGAAACUGCCGCCACGUCGUCUAGCUAGAAACCGUGCUGCCCUCUUGCGCCUGCGAACGUUGGCAAGACGGAGCGUUUGCUAGUUCCCCAAGUAAUAUACUGAAUUUGGACAAUCUUGCGGCUCUUGCCGCCAAAGUUUCAAUUUGCUUUCGCGUAGCGUUGACAACGUCUCGCUGUAAACCUAGGUGAUGUGAUUAAAAAAGAAAACCAUGAGUUUCACAGAGUGCGACUCAGGACAACGACUUGGUGGAUUAUACCAACUGAAUCAGAGUGUUAAUGAAGUUGAUCAACAAAAAAACAUGAGCUUUACAGAAUGUGACUCGGAGCAGCAGCUUGUGAGCACUUCCUAUCUCAGUGGAUUAAGUCCAUUCAACCAGACUGGAUCGCCUUCCCUCAUUGAAAGAGUGAAAGAAAAGCUUCGGGAAAACACGCGAAAGUUGCUGUGCCUCCCUCUCACGCCGCACCAAACGCUACCAGAUUCCCUAUGCGAAGAUACAUUUUUCGGAUUGCCGGUUAUUGUGCGCAGCUUGAUUGAAUUGCACCAUGGCAUCACAGAGCUGUACGAUUGGCAGAGGGAAUGCUUGAGCCUUCCUGCUCUCAGUCAGAGGAAGAACCUCAUCUACUCGCUUCCCACAAGUGGAGGCAAGACUCUGGUUGCAGAAAUUUUGGCCUUUAAGGAGAUACUGUGCUGUCGCAAGAAUGUGCUCUUCAUUCUACCUUAUGUGUCCAUUGUUCAGGAGAAGGUGCGGUCCAUGUCGAGCUUUGGAGUGGACCUCAACUUUCUGGUGGAAGAGUACGCAGGCAGUAGGGGUGCCCUGCCACCCAAAAGAAGACAGCGCUGUGCUGUCUACUUUGCCACCAUUGAGAAGGCGCACUUUCUGGUGGAUUCACUGAUUGAACAGAAUAGACUGAGUGAGCUGGGCCUGCUUGUAGUUGAUGAGCUGCAUAUGCUGGGUGCUGGGAGCAGUAGGGGAGCCAUACUUGAAAGCACGCUUGUCAAAGUCAAGCACAUCUCCCCAUACACUCAAAUUGUGGGCAUGAGUGCUACUAUUGGAAAUAUGGAUGACCUUGCUUCCUUUCUCGGUGCUGAAGUUUUCGUUGGAUCCUUUCGCCCGGUUGAGUUGAGGGAGUACAUCAAAGUGGAAGACUACAUUUUUGAACAGCAGGGAAAACAUGAAGAGGAACCCUUUCGAGUUGUCCGCAAGCUUCCUAAGCAAGGCCAGAUGCAGGACCCCGAGCAGCUGACUCUUCUGGUUGCAGAGACGGUUCCACAGCACUCAUGUCUCGUCUUCUGCCCAACAAAGCAGAACUGUGAGAGCGUGGCACUGCUUCUGGCUCGUUUUCUGCCUCAGUCAUUAAUGGACCAUAGGCGUGAGCAGAAGGAAGCUCUGCUGCAGACACUGCAAGCAGAAGUAGGCCAGGUCUGUAGGGUCCUGCGGAAGACGUUGCCCAUGGGUGUGGCCUACCACCAUAGUGGGUUGACAGUGGAGGAGCGCCGCAUUGUAGAGGAUGCGUACACUUCUGGUGUGCUCUGCUGUCUUACGUGCACCUCAACUCUGGCAGCUGGAGUCAACUUGCCAGCUAAGAGGGUAAUCCUCAAGUCCCCGUACACUGGCACCGAGUUCCUUACUCGAAGUGUCUAUCAGCAAAUGGCUGGGCGUGCUGGGCGGGCAGGCAUCGACUCGUCUGGAGAGAGCAUCCUCAUCGUACCCAAUACAGAUAAAGAAAAGGUGCGUAGACUUCUGGAGGCUCCAGUUGACAGCUGCUAUUCCAAUCUUCUUCAAGAUGAACAGAAGGCCCUGAAAAUGUUGCUGCUGAGUUUGAUAGGACUGCAAGUUGCCAAGACCGAGGACUCUCUUGCCGAAGUGAUGGAUGCGACACUUCUUGCCCUACAGCAACGAAAAGAGGGAAAAGACCCAUUGCAAACUCUGCACCAAGUUCUUGACGACCUGAGUGCUGCCAACCUUAUCUUGAAAGACAGUUCCAGUGGAGAGCUACGUGCUACCCCACUUGGGUGCGCUGCUUUCAAAGGCUUUGUAGAUCCGUCCAUGGCGGGCAUUCUGCGUCAAGAGCUGUGGGCAGCACUGUCUUCCCUGUCCCUGCGAUGCCCCCUGCACAUGCUGUAUUUGGUCACACCAAGGCAGCUGCCCACUGCCAGGCUCGAUCCCCCAGCCUACUACCGCUUGUAUGAAGAUCUGAAAGAAGAUGAGCUUCAAGUGGCUGAACUCAUCGGGAUUUCAGAAGCCCUUGUCACCAGACUGGCCAGCGGUGGCUCACUCAAGACUGGUGAGCAGCAGCUGCUGCAGAGCUUCUACAAGACCAUGCAGUUAAAUGACCUGUGGAACCAGAAGAGUGUCUGGGAGGUGGCUGCCAAGUACAAGGAGCACAGGGGCCAGGUGCAGACACUGCUGUCAUCUGCGUCCACUUUUGCUUCGUCACUGACCCAUUUCUGCAAGGAACUACCCGAUCUUUGGGCUUACAGGGUACUGCUGCCAGAGUUCACAGAGCAUCUAUCAAACUGCGUCACCAUGGAACUCAUCCCUCUGAUGGAGCUACCAAGCGUCAGGAAGGGCCGUGCCAGGCAGCUUCACAAGGCAGGGUUUCGUUCUAUAAUGGAUGUAGCCUGUGCUGAUCCGAAGGAGCUGGCCGAGAAAGUGGGCCCUAUUUCACGUAGGCAAGCCCGUCAAAUUGUCGAUGCAGCCAAGCUGCUGCUAUUGAAGAAGGCAGAAGAUCUACAGGAGCAAGCCGAGCAAGUUCUUCAAGGAAUGGUGUGAUGAAACAAGG